UGCCAGGAUUGCUUGGCUUUAGGGAGCAUGGCGGAACCAGAGCCAGGCAAUGCCAGCCCAAAGGAACUGGUCUUGUGCUUUGAUGGGACCGGUUAUAAGUUUACGGGCGAUGAGUCAGAUAGUAAUGUUCUCAAGAUUUAUAGGAUGCUCGAACAUAGCGAUGCUCGAACGUAUCAUUAUUUCCAGCCAGGGUUCGGCACUCUGGUAUCGUCGACGUGGAUGUCACAUAGUGGACGAACCAGUAAGGCCAGGUCGGUGCUUCUGAAAGCCAAAGAUGCUGCGAUUGGAACGACAUUCGCACAACAUGUCAUGGGGGGCUAUAUCUUCCUCAUGCGGUACUACUCCCCCGGCGACAGGAUCUUCUUCUUCGCGUUCAGCCGGGGCGCAUAUGUGGCGCGAUUCCUCGCAGAAAUGCUCGAUACAGUUGGUCUGAUAAAACGAGGAAACGAAGACCUGGUGAGGUUUGCCUGGAUGACAUUCUCGAAAUGGCAGCGGGCGCGCAAUAAAAGAGACGCCGACCCAGCACGAAACCAGAGACUGUAUGAGUAUAUCCAGGCGUUUCGGGAAACAUUCACCUGCCAGGCGUCGCCAGUCUAUUUCCUGGGCCUGUUCGAUACCGUCAAUAGUACGCCGGCGCUGGAGGGGACCUGGAUACAACGAAGCAAGUUGGCGCGAUGCUCAGCAAAGAUAAUCAGGCACGCCGUGGGCAUUGAUGAGCGGCGCGCGAGAUUUAGACACGACCUCAUAUCGGAUUUCGGUCAGACUGCUGUAUCCUGGCGAGCCCGAACGCGGCAGCGAUUGGAGCGUCAUCAUAUACGACUCCCGCGCCAGCGUGGAUUCAGAUUCUACUACGAGGAUGAAGGGGGGAGAGAAACAAAUACGGACUCACAGCAGCCACCAGACUCUCAUGACCGGCCGAGGGUACAAUCAGAGAACCCCUACGAUGAAAGGAGUGACGGGUGGCAAGACAUCGAGGAGGUCUGGUUUCCGGGAUGCCAUGCUGAUAUCGGAGGAGGGUUCAAGUUGAGUAAAGACGAAGAAAUGGAGCUCAGCCAUGUACCUUUAGUAUGGAUGGUCCAAGAGGCGCAGCGUGUAGGUCUCAAGUUCGACCAAGAAAGAUUGAAAAAGUUCAACUGCUGCGAGGACUACGAUGCAGACCGACAGGACAGACCUCCUAGCCUCAGCAACGAUGCGAAUCGGAACGGUGAUGAAAAGGGCGGAAAUACGAUACGCCUGGAAGACGGCAUCCGUAUAGCUGCAGAAAGGGGACAUAUCCAUGACUGUCUCGAAUACGGAAAAGGCGUUCCAUGGCUUGUCGUGCUGUCCUGGAGGGCCUUGGAGUAUUUGCCCUUUCGGAGAAUGAGCCUGCAGCAGGAUGGGUCCUGGAAGCCCGUUCGAUUCCCACUCCCUCUUGGAGAGGUGCGAGAUAUCCCCAAGGGCUCUAAGGUCCAUGUCUCGGCAAUUCGUCGCAUGAUGUCCGAUCCGACCUAUCGACCAGGAAAUCUGAUUGAAGGAGGGGGAGGGAGAGGCAAGAGGCGGGUUCCCCCAGAGCGAGGGAUAGGGGAGUGGAAAGUGGCGGGCCAUGCUGGAUCACCGGUGCGAGAGACAUAUCGUCGUAAAGAGGCACCUCAAUAAUAGCUGGUAGUUAAUAUUUAAUAAAAGAUACCUUGUAUCUGGCAAUAUAUCAACAUCAACUGUACCUGAUAGCGGGAUGUUGUGGUGAGGACGUAAUGCAAAGGCCAUGGAAGUUAGAAGAAGAAAUUGAAGC